AUGGUUUCCGACGAGCACUUCGAGAUGUGCUUGCCUGUUUUGCAGGAUACCACAUUAGAAGACGAGGAUAAAACGGACAGGCUUGAGGAGCUCUUCCGCAAGGAGACGAAUCUCACCGGCACUUCCCUCGACAAUGCAAUAUUGGAUGCCCUCUGGCGCUAUCGUGACGGCGGAGGCUCAUCAGCCUCGCCGCCUCCAAUAAGACCGGCAAUUCUACGACGUCCCUCUCCAGCCUCCUGGCGCGGUUCGCCAACGCCUAUGUCGGGUUCCCCGAGGCUCGCCGUGAGCCCCCUUGCUCCACCAGGCUUUGUUCCAUCGACCUUUGGCAGAACCAUAUCCUCGACAGUAUCACCCUUCUCUUCGCCUCGCGCCUCGCCUCGCAUGGCCCUUGCGACACCUGUUAUUCCUCAUAGUCCAAACUUGAAUGCCUACGAAUUUGCCAGUGAUCCAACUCCGGCUGCCGAAAUCCUAGGAGAAUACCAGACCGAAAAUGUCGAGUGGCUCGUUAGUGAUGAUGCUGUCAGCGUAACCUCAUCUGUCAGCACCCCAAGCGCCUUAAAUGCUGCUGCCCCGGAAUUCUCGUCUAUGACUGCUCAGACCGCUGAUAUGUCGCCAUACGACAUGCUGCGUUCCAUCCUCGGACAAACCAAGACAGACGAUGAGAUCGAGGCCGCUUUGGCGCAGAACGGUUACGAUCUCAGUGCAACCAUUGUCUCAUUCAUGGAAAGCCAGUCCAUCGACAAUCAACCCGGCGGCGUUUCUUUGGAGGAGCCUAAGAAUGUCUUGAUCGGAAAGUCGGUGGAUCGUCCCUCUACACCCCUUGGUCAGCAGAAGUCUGGGGUCAUCUGCAAGUUCUACAUGUCAACUGGUCAAUGCUUGCGUGCCGACUGCAGGUUUAGCCACGACCUCAGCAAUCACUUGUGCAAAUACUGGGUAAUGGGCAAUUGCUUGGCCGGAGAGACAUGCAUCUUUUCGCACGACCCUACCAAACUUAUGAACAGGCUCGCACUUGAUGGCGCCAGUACGCCACCAUCUAAGCAGGGAGGUCUACAGCUAGGAGAUCUUAACUCGUUCCCUUCACUCCGACCUGGCACCCCUGAUCAUCUGAGUGGUUUUGCUGGAAGCAACAGCUUUCCCGGUGUAGGCAUAACACCACCGCCAGGCUUGAAACAUCUUCAAGGAACAUCCAGUCCUCGUGCUCGAUCUCGUCCUGGUAGUCGUCAUCAGACUAGAGAACCAGAUAUUUCGGCGCCUGCUUUAGAUGACAACGAUGCAUUCCCUUCACUUGGCUCCGCUUCCAUGAAACAGGGUAAGAAGCAUCAUGGCAAGCGUGGCGGCCACGGCCACGGGCAUAAGGAGAACAUGGCCCCCAAUUCGCUAGCCGAUAUCGUCAAGAUGUCACCCUCUCCCAGUCCUGCUCGUCCUGACCUCAAGAAACUGGGACGCAACGGGAGUUCGAUAGCUACACGAAAUGGGGAGAACAGUCCUGCUGCUCAAGCGAUUCCUAGCCCCAAACACAUUCCUUGGUUGGAGACUGGUGAGCGUGCCAACAAGGCAUAUCUGAAGGCUCGCCAAGAAGCUCUCAAGCAUGGCGGCCUUCGUAACAAGUUUCUGCAAAGUGCUGCGCAAGCAUGGAAUCGAAAUGAUGCUAGGGCUGCCAAAGCUCUCAGUCUUCGAGGACAAAGCGAGAACGAUCUCAUGCGCAAAGCCCACCGCGAAGCUGCAAGGGAGUUGUAUGAGGAACGUAACAAGGGUGGUUCCGACGGCCUUGAGCUAUACGUCGACCUUCACGGUCUUCAUCCUGAGGAGGCGGUCGAGUAUCUCGAGAAGGUCCUGAUGGAGAACGGCCGAGAAUCUCAACCCAUUUAUGCUAUCACAGGUUCUGGGCACCAUAGUAAGAACGGCAAGGACAAAGUUGGCAGAGCGGUCCGUAACUUCCUCAACGAGUGGAGAUAUGCGUAUCGUGAGUUUUCAGUCCCUGGAGACCGCAACAACAUGGGAGGUAUUCUCGGAAUCGACGCCCGCAGCUGGGACAAGUCUCUCGCAAAGGAUGGAGAAGGCGACGAUGAUAAGGAAGAGGUGGACAUUCUAAGUCAAGGUGUCGAAAUCGGCGACGGCAAGGUCAGGCUCUUGGUGCGUGAUCCGCCCAAGGGUCCUAGCGGUCGUCGAUGA